AGAAAAUUAAAUAAGUAAGAGUUCGAAAUCCAUUAUUAAAAAAAGAAAAAAAAAAAAAAAUUCAAACCAAAACGUGUAAUUUGCAUCGUAGAUUAUUUAAAAAUGGAAAUAUAUCCGUUCAUUUUACAAAUUUUCUGUGACAUUUGUGUCAAGUCUGCUUAUUAUAAGAAAUUCAAACAAUGUGAACUGUUUUUGUAUUGUGAAUAGUGCAAGUAUUUAAAAAAAGAUUGAAAAUGAGUGGGCCUCAAGUCACUUAUUGUUGUGACAUGGAUAAGUCUGUGCUCACCACAAAUUUUGAGAAAAGAGGCUGGAUACCAGUUGGAGCUGAGGACGACUGGAAUGUGUACUGGUCAUCUGUCUUAACUGUUCGCAAUAUCUUUAGUGUUGAAACUGGAUAUAGGCUAUCUGACAACCAAAUCAUAAACCACUUUCCAAAUCAUUAUGAAUUAACAAGGAAAGAUUUAAUGGUAAGGAACAUUAAACGUUAUCGCCGUGAAAUGGAGCGGGAAAACAGCCCAUUAUCAGAAAAAGAUGAAAAUGGAAAAUAUGUUUAUCUAGAUUUCAUACCAGUGACUUUUAUUUUGCCUGCCGACUACAACAUGUUCGUGGAAGAAUUUCGCAAAAACCCAUCCAGUACUUGGAUAAUGAAACCUUGUGGAAAAUCUCAAGGAGUGGGGAUAUUUCUUAUAAACAAACUGUCACAACUUAAAAGGUGGUCAAGAGAUAGUACUAGUUUUAACCCUGCUGUUGUAAAAGAAUCAUAUGUUAUAUCACGCUAUAUAGACAAGCCAUUAUUAAUUGGAGGACGGAAAUUUGACCUUCGUAUUUAUGUUUUAGUUACAUCUUUUCGUCCCUUAAAAGCAUAUAUAUAUCGAUUGGGAUUUUGUCGCUUCUGUCAUGUUAAAUAUUCUGGAAAUAUCAAGGAAUUGGAUAACAUGUUCGUGCAUUUGACCAACGUUUCAAUACAGAAGCAAGCCGAUGAAUAUAAUAGUGUUCAUGGAGGGAAGUGGACUAUACAAAACCUGCAAUUAUAUCUUGAAGGGACUAGAGGUAAAGAGGUCACUGAUAAGUUAUUUGAUAAUAUUAGAUGGCUGAUUAUGCAUUCCUUGAAAUCAGUUGCUAGUGUAAUGGUUAGUGAUCGUCAUUGUUUUGAAUGCUAUGGGUAUGACAUUAUCAUCAGUGAUGAUCUUAAACCAUGGCUGAUAGAAGUUAAUGCCUCCCCGUCCCUGACUGCCACAACUUCAAAUGAUCGAGUAAUGAAGCAGAAACUCAUAGAAGAUAUUUUUAAUAUAUGCUUAGAAAAUGGAGACUAUCCAAGUGCAAAGUGGAACAAAGUGCCUGAAAAAUCUGCCUUAGGAAAUUUUGAUAUUUUAAUUGAUGAAGAGUCUACUACUCCUGAAAUAGUUGCUGAAAAAGAAAGUACAAAGUCUAAAGGAGAUUAUGUCAAAACUGGUGCACGAGCGAAGGAAAAAAUUGGCAACCCCUCCCAGAUGGCGAUAAAUGCUUGAAAAUAAUUCUAGUAGUACAGAAGAUGUUAUUUUUAUACAAGAUAAUUGUUUAGACUUCAAACUUUAGUUUAACUGUUUGUUCUUGAUAUAAAUUCCUGCAGUGAACUGCCUUUCUCAAAAGUUCAGUUUUUAAAUCAUUCAACUGAAGCAUUGUUUGGCUAAUGUGUGUAUUAUGGGAAAAGACAAAAGGUAUUAAUUAAAACUUGAUUUUUUUUCUUUCUAAUGUAAGAUUUAAAGCAGAUAAUAUUCAAGUGUAAAAUGCCUUAUAAUUUCGCCAGUUUUAGAAGGAAAAAGAGAAUCUUGCCACUGUUAUUGUAGGUUUAUAAUCUGUUUAGAAGUUCUCUUGAUACAACUUUAUUUCAUAUAAUGAUUAUUAUUAAGGACUGAAACUCUCACUGAAGAGCAUAAUGAGUUAGUAAUUAUAAACCGGUCUCAUAAGCAGGGAAUUUCUGUUUUCCCCAAGUUAUUUCCUCUCAUCAGCUUUGUAUAGGUGAAGGUUAUAAUUUCUUUUGUAUAAAUUUUCUGCAUCUAUUUUUACAAGUGUUAUUCAUAUAAAUUAUUGCUAUUUAUCUAUUCAUUCUGAUUUGUUUUUGAAAUGUUUAUUUACAAAUAUUAUUUACAUAAUUUAUUACUAUUUAUAAAUUUAUUGUGUUUUGUUUUCGGAAUACUUAUUUACAUAGGUUGAUUUGUUGAAUUUUAUUGCAAGACUUUCUUCUAUUUAUUUUGUUUUUUUUGCUGUAUUCAGCAUUAAUAUUUUGAUAUUGGGCUCAAUUGAUUUGAAUAAGAUUUUAUAGUAAUGGGUGUACUAUAUUAUGGAUUUAGUGCUUUAAAUGUUCUAGGUUAAAGAUAUAUUUCAUUGUCAAUAAGAUUUACUAUUGUUUCCUGUCUUAACCCUUAACUGGUGAAGUGAGUUAUCUUACACCCCAGAAGAAUUAAAGUUUUGCAUUUAAACGUUUUUGAGUUGAUACGUGUGGCACUUAUGAUACAGGUUGAAUUGCAAUAAUAUAAAUAAACCAUAACAAAAAUCAUUGGAAUUUUUUCUACUUUACACCAAUGAUGAUGCAAAAAAAAAAAAAAAAAAAUCAGAUAAGGGUUAAAUUCAAUUUUGAUUUUCUUUUGUUCAUAAAUCUUUCUGUGAUAUAUUUUAAACAUAUUAUUUACAUUUGUUAACGACAUUCUAUUUGAAAUAAACUUCAU